UGUUCGAUUGCCUAUCAGCUGUUUUUGCGAAACUUCAAAAUAUGAAAUCAGAGUGCAGAUUACAUUUUUCUGUUCUGUUUUCCGGAAAAAAAUAAAGACGUGAGCGAUGAAAAUUCCACUUCAGGGAUAUUUUUCGUUGCUGCAAGUGCACAAUAGAAAUAAAGAGUAUGUCUGUAUCAAUUGUGGCUGCUUUGUCCCAGAGCUCUAUCGCAAAAUCAGUUCCACCGUACUCAAGAUUACAGAAUGCGAUAAAUGCAAACAUCCUGCUGAUAAGUACAUCGAAUUUGAAGUACUCAUAAUCUUAAUCGAUCUCAUCCUGUUGUCCAAACCGGCCUACAGGCAUAUUCUGUAUAAUUCGGACUGCAAAAAUUUAUGGAAAAUUGGCAUCAUACUGGUUCUUCUAGAAGCGUACUGUCUCUGGACGGAAGCGUUCAGUCGCUUCACAAGCGUUCGUUAUCGUUCGGAUCACGCAGAUCCCUUCCUGGCGGAGAAAGGAUUCUACGUAUCUUCGUUUCAUAUUUUGAUCGGAACAGUUCUUCUCUACUUAUUUCUUUACAUGUUCACCAAAAUAUUUCAUCGUGAGAAUGUUACAUCGGGUUACGGAAAAUCCUAUCCACUAGCCCUGCUCCAUGGCGUUAUUUUGGCAAGCAUUGGAAAAUUUUUCCUCAUUCCAAUCAUAAUUUGGAAACAGAAUGCAACAGACUCUGGCAUGGCAAUCCACAUAUCGCUAGUGGUAGCUUAUUUCGUGGUUUCCCUAACCCAGAUCCAUUCGGUUAUAACUCAUUGUUCGAGAACAAAAUCGACUGUCAUCGUAUUACUAACAUUCAUUGUAAAGACGUAUUGCUUAACAGAGAUUAGUACAUUUCUAAACUAUUUAAUGUAAAUCUAUUUCAUUUCA